CUGAAAGCUCUAAAGAAUCUAUUGUCAAUAUGGAAGGAGAAGAGUGGGAACGAGAAGAAAUAAAAGAACUAUAUGUGACCAUUAGUCCAAAAGGUGAUUUUGUAGUCGAAUUGGUAUUAUUGAAAAACGGAUCAAACGAAUCGAAAUUCGAAUCAAAAUUCAAACUUCGCAUGUUUAAUGUUUGUAAGAAGUUGAAUGAAAACGACCACUCGGAUCUGGAAUAUAAUGAUGAGUUAUCGAACACAAAGCUUUCUUAUAUCACAUCCAAAACAUUAAAAUUUGCGAAAGAGCAAUCUGAGCUGAUCACAUUAUUAGCAAUAUCUUGUAUAAUCUUUCAUGAUAUGACACGUAAUAAACAUAUUGAAGGCACUAAAAUACCUGGAUUUACUAUCAUUUUCUCUAUUAACAAAGAUUUUUCAAUUGAAAAAGAAAUGUCGAUAAAUGAUUAUGGUGGAAUAAUCAAAUUGUUUUCAAAAAACGAAGAUAACGAAAAGAAAGAUAAAGAUGACCAAAAUACGGAUAGAAUAAUGAAGGUGACCAAAGUAUAA